ACAGUUGUCGUAUACUUCAGUUUCAUCGAUCGGCCACACUUCAGCAAAUUCAUAUUUAAUCUGGGUAUAUAAAGUGUACGUAUAGAUACGAGCUGGGACGAUAAUCAUUAAGCUGAUAGACGAAGUGCCGUUGCUUUGUGAUACAGGUGAUAUUCUUUUGCCUGCGGCAUUCUCUAGUAUACUUGACGUUCUCCAGUAGUAAUAUAUUACUAAACAGUCAUUGUUUUACCGAUACCGAGCUCAAUAAAGCAAAGGAGAACAGGUUAUUAUCAAUGGACUUGUUCAUUUAAAAGUCAAUCUAGACUCUUCCAUGUCCUGCUUCUGACAUAUGAAACGCAAAUCUGACAAGGCCACAUCUAUCAGGAAUUGAGAACCUCUUCAAGUAUCAACUAUUGUUCUAGACCAUGACGACGAAGUUUCACGAAGCCGCAAAAGAGGGGCACCUGGACCCACUCCGCGAGGCCACUAAACGGGACUGCAACCGGACAGAUGAGUCCGGUAGGACCCCAACAUUAUGGGCUGCGACUAAUGGUCACACAGAUGCACUUCGGUUGAUUGUUAGCAGAGGGGGCGACCCAGAUAAAGCCGAUUUACAGGGACACACAUCACUCCACGUGGCUGCCCUCUACGGCCACAUCACAAUCAUCGAGUACUUGGUUUCAUUUGGUUGUAAUCUUUGGGCUCUCAAUAACGAUUAUAAAACAGCUAUGGCCUUAGCUUCGGAAGUAGGCAAAGAAGAGAUUGUCAAAAUUUUGGAUGACGUUUCAGGACGCCAGGCGGCGACCAACAAGAAAGUCGUUCAAAAGGCAAAGCAGAAAGCCAUCAAAGACGCAGACGACAGAGUAAAGAAACUCGACAAGAUGGUGAAAGAACACCAAAAGCAGAUGGCAAGGGAAGUAGAGAGACAGAGCAAGAACAAAGGCAAUAGAAAACCUUCCACCCCGGGUAUGUCAGAAUCUAGCUAUUCGGAUGUUCUUCACUCGAGAGUCACCAAGAGGGAUUCGUUGAUGCUUCCAGAUGCAACAGAGGGAACAUCGAACCACAAUCGGAAGAGAGGUGACGGUGACGGGACUUCUUCUACAGGAGUACCAGCGUCAGAAUCGGGAAGCACCGAAAACUCUGGGGAAACAAGCGCGAAUUACCAGGAUUCACGAUUCUGGCUUCCGAAUCGCAACGCCACCGCGAUGAUGUCGCUGCCAAGAGAGGAUAAUUUAGGGGAUAUUGACGAUGCCCUUGCAACACUUGAUAAUAGCAUUGAUGAUGUCAUUGGCCAUCCGUCAGAACCAACCAAGCCGAGGCGAAUGUCGUCUGAUAAAGACACCGGUAGUCAUCACUCCAGGACGGCUAAACCAGGUGAUUCCAUCAGUACCGUCUUUCGCGGUAACGAGGCGAUGUGGGCUGAGGUGGACAUCGAUUUAGAAGACGAGGUCGACGCAUCAUCGUCAGCCAUCGAACUAUUCCUUACCACUAACGACCUCGAGGAUUACAUACCUGUCUUUUUCGAAGAAGACAUUGACAUGAAAGCCUUAGAGCUGUUGACGGAACAGGACAUUGUUGAUCUAAAGCUGCCUCUAGGUCCCAGAAGAAAGCUAAAUCGCGCAAUUGCCAAGAGAAAGGAAAUUCUUGCAACUCCUAGUCCAAUGCGUGAUUCCGCGAUGUGAACAUGUGGUAACGGUGGCAAAGAAUCCAUCUACCGAUGUACAUGUAUAUAGAUACUAUCAUAGCAAUCUUUGCUGUAAACGGUGAAUGUAAAAAAUACAAGUACUGAACACAAACAAAAUAAACUUUAUGCCAUUUGUUGGAACCACAAACGCACUGAAUCUCUGGUUGAACAACGACACGAAUCAUUGAUGAUAUCACUUAGCUCAGUUUGUCUAGCCGAAGUGGGACCCAUAUUAUGUGCCAACGGUUUUGAAAAUUUAGAUAUAAUAAAAAGUUGUAUACAGUAAAGUAGAAUGAGAGUUCAACAUUAUAUGCCACUAUUGCAAAGAAUGCCCUCUGGAUUUGUUAUAACCUUUUUCUUUUAAUUUUCUUUCUCUAUUUCUCUUUCAAUUUUUGCUAACGAAACUUGUUUUGAAUUGUCUUGAAGGUCAUACAAAUAAAAAUAAUCUGCCAAUUCUUAUUACAAUUCUUAAAUGAUAUACAAGGGUAAUGUAUACGGGAGAGGGGCCCUACUCUCUCUUUUUUUUUUACUCUUUUCCCCUCUCUUCUUUUUAUUCCUUUUUUCAGUUGAAAAUUCAUAAGAGGGCAGUGGGUUCCCAAUUGUAGCGCUCCAUCUGCGGAAUGAUGCCCCGAAUACCACACUAAUUUAUCUUCACUCCAAAAUGCCAAAGAAACACCAAUAUUUACAUACCAAUUCUCGAUAUAACGGUAAUUCUAGAAAGAUGGCGCUGUUGAAAAAACAUAUCAGCGCAGUUUUUAUUCAUAAUCUUCUUUGGCAUAAUUAUUAAGUUAAUUGUUGAUCUGAAGUGACAGUAUUGUUUAUACUUUAUAAUGACGAAUAAAGUGUUAAACAAUACUGAUAAUCAUGAAAAUAGUGUUAAACUGUCAAACGUGUAAGUCAGUGUCGUAUAUUGAUGAAGCAAUGAUCAUAAUGUGAAUAUGAAGGAGGUGAGGAAUGGGAGGGAUAGCAAUCUUUCUAAGGUGCCUUUUUUAUAUUACGUAACGCUUAAGGUAAGUACUUAGUACGCUUAUUACGCAAUCUAUCAACUAGAAGUAAACUAAGUAACUCUUCUAAUUGUAACUUAUUUUAAGUUCAUACUUUUUCAACACACCAGUAAUGUUGGUCUAAUUCAUGGGUAAUCUAAUAAUACUAAGUUUAAAACUAUUUUGUCGAUUGUGCUUCUGAUUUGAAUUUCUCUCGUUAAACAAGUUUAGACAAAUAAUGAAAAGAGUUUAAGCUUGAAAUAUUGUAUAUUUACAAUAUUCAAUUCAAUUCUAAGUAAGUUCGUGCUCUUUCUGAUAUCGCAUGCUUACGAAGAUGAUAUAAAUGAUAAUUGGAUCUGUAUAUAGUAUGAUUUCGUAUUCUGGAAUAACCAUGAUAACGCGUGAACAAAGAGUUAAUUCAAGUAGCAAAAAUCGUAUUUGUCAGCUCGACUUAUUUUUGAAAAUUGAAAUACAAGAACAUGAUAUAUUAUAUGGAAUAAAAGUCACAAUUGGAGAUUAUUAUCGUAAUGCUGAUGAUAAUGAUGUCGAUGUUUUUGUGAUAGUAACACUGGUAGUUGUCAAAAUAUUAUUUUUGUAUAACGUUGGUGAUGGUGAUGGUGACUUUUGAUAAGAAUAAUAUUGCACUUUAAGCUUGGAAAUGUCUCUUUCCUGGAUUAAAAAAAGUCACCAAUGCUCUUGUACAAUUUUGUAAACUAUAAUAAUAAUAGUUUUCAAUGUUGAUCUCUUCAUCAGAUAUAAAAAUAUGUCAUAAAUACCACAGUCACAUAAAUAAUGAUUAAAAAAAAAUCAUGUUUCUACUUUUUCUACAUGUCAAAGAAAAUCCCCCUUUCUGAUCAGUAAACGCCUAUUCACGACGCCAUAUUUUUUAAAAUUUAUCUGGUCGGAGGAGAAUGAUGGAUCACCCCCAUCAACCAUGAAGUACAUACAGACACAUCGAACUUAUAUAAUGUAUGAACUUUUACAUGUUUGAAGGGCGGUUUCAUAAAGCUGUUCAUGAAGAUAAGCAUGACUAUACGAACUCCUGGAGCAGGUUCCCGAGUGAAACCUCAAUUUAUUUAACACGUUAAAUUCCAUCUACUCAUUAAACUUGAUUUAUAGUCUUGGUGGAUACAUAGUCUUGCUGUUAACGGGAAUUUUAAUCAUGGGUUCAUGUUUUUAGUAAAAAAAAAAAUUCCCUGCACUUUUUAAAAACAUCAGGGAAAACUUGUGGCGUCCCAUGAGAAAAUGCUCCAAGCAGUCGUUCGUAAAGUCUUGCGUAACGUCACGGACAGCUUAAUGGAACAACUUCAUAGUAGACAUCCACGUUUACCGAAAGAUGAUGCCUCUAAUCGUCACAUAAAAUUUUGGAAGAUGUUGGUUCAGAUGGAAAGAGAUUAUUUGAAUUGUGUCAUGGUCUACGCAUUUUCACAGUCAUGUUAUCUUUAGAAUAGUAAUUGUCAGAUACGAUUCCAGGAUUUUCAGUAAACUCUAGUGUAUUUUGUUUGAUUUACGCAAAACAUAAAUAUAAUCAUACCAAAAUGAAAUUAUCACCGGUAGAAUAGAAAUAGGUUUUGAGUUGUGAAUAAACCAAUCUGAACUUAAUACAGAGAGAGAGAGAGAGAGAGAGAGAGAGAAAGGGGAGAGAAAGAAUUGGGAGAUGACAUUUUGGAUGAGAAAUAGACCAGGAUCUAUGUCAAAUUAAUUUUCUUAUCUACAUGUAUCCAACAUGUCCAAGAAAUACUCGAUAAUAAAACAACGUACGCCCCCCCCCCUCUCACUAUAGCCAAACUCAUUUAAUCAUGUUGAUACCGAUUGGAUAUAUACUAGGUUGGAAACAUUGAUAUGUUAUUGAAAAACGAGUACAUGAAUAUUUAAUCGCUUUGCGGAGCAAGCUAGCUGGGACAAAUAUUAAAAUUUAUUUAUUCAUUUCUCCCAAUAGAUGAGAGAGGGAAGGGGGGGGGGGUGUAUUACCGACGAUAUACAAUUACAAUGAUUAAUUCGAAAAUGCAUUAUUGACCGAGAUGCAAUAGCGAAGGAUAAUUGGUAGACGAUCAUGACACUCAAAUUGAUAUUUAUAACAUACAUUCAGAGAAAUUUAGCUGAUGAAAUAAUACCGCUGUGAGCCUGUGAUAUCCAUACUUUUAUUAUUGCAAUCAAUCAAAAAGAUUUUAUUAUUUCAUUUAAUUUCAUUUUAUUUAUAAAUUUUCUUUUUACAGUGUUGUAUACAACAUAAUAAACAUAACAUAACGAAGUCCUAUGUAAUUAUGGGAUAAACACAAUAAGAAAAAUAAGCUACCUCAGAUGAUGUUUGUAUUUUAGAGUAAAACGAAGGGGCUUACCGAAACAAAGCAAAGCUUGUAUAAAAGGCAAUUUACCACAUGCUUUAUAAUCGCGCUUAGACAAGAUGAACUAGCUAACAUUGUGGGGGGGGGGGGGUUCUGUAUGUAAUCAAUCAAGGAAUUAUAGUAAGUUUGAAACAACUAAUCAUUGAAAAGUUAGGGGACAAUAAACCACCAAAAUAUAAAGUUAAUCAUGAAAAGAACAUUUUAAUUAAACCAUCAAACUCACAAUCAUAACACAAGACAAGCAACUGCUCCUCGUAUACCGACAGUAAGAACUACCUUUGCACGGAAUAUAUUAUCCGUCACUGGUCCCAUGAUUUUGGAACGCACUUCCAAUUUAAGUUACUAAUUUUGUCAGUGUAUCUGUUUUAAAACAGAAACAGAAAUGACUUUUGUUGAAAAAUUAAGAUGAAACUACAAUAAAAUAUAUUGUAAAAUACUUAUAAUUGUACAAUAAAUUACCCCUUGUUUUGUUGCAUGCUUCUUUUUUUUCUCUCUUCGGGGUUUACCUUUGAACUCAUUUUGUUGCGUUAUUAUUUUGUACACCUCCAACCUAUUUCUUUCUCCCUCUUUUUAUCUUUCUUUCAUUGCUAUCAGAACACUUUUUGUCUUUAUUUAAAAAUUCCUUUUUAGUUCUUUAUCUCUGUCUUUUCUUUCUUGUUUUCAUUCUUCCCUUAUCGUGACUUUCCUACUGUAAUUCCUUCUUUCCUUUUCUCACCCAUUAUGUGCAACCCACACACCCACCAUCAUCAUUCAUGUCGUCACCAACGCUCUAACUCAUUCGCUCACUUGCCCCCAUCCUCUUUUUACCAACCAAAUCACUCAUUCGCCCACUUAUACUCAUACUCAGCCACCACUCAUGUCAUCACCAACCCAAUCACCCAACAUCACCAUAAUGUCCUCGCCAACCAACGCACUCAUUUACUAACUCGCCACACCGACUCUCUUAUCACCAACCAACUCACUCAUUCGAUCACUUACCCAUCUUCUCAUCACCAGACCACUCAUUAAUUCUCUCUGCACUCACCCAUCCUCUCACCGCCAACCCACUUACUUAUUCCCUCACCAAUACAUCCUUUGCAACCCACUCACCCACCACCAUCUCGUCAUCACCAACCCAUUCACUCAUUCGUUCAAUCACCCAUCCUCUCAUCACUGACCCACUCACCCACAUCACCAGCCCGCUCACUAAUUCUCUCUGCACUCACCCAUCCUCUCACCGCCAACCCACUUACUUAUUCCCUCACCAAUACAUCCUUUGCAACCCACUCACCCACCACCAUCUCGUCAUCACCAACUCACUCACUCAUUCGUUCA